AGGAAGUCCAUUUUCCAUCCCGGAAACGACUCACCAAGGUGACCGGCCACGCCCCCGUCCCCGCGUUCGGAUCCUCAGCCCCUCAGUACGUGCCCGUGCACUUGCCACUGGCGUCGUCCGGGAAAUCCGCGCCGUCGGUCGCCAUGGACGCCGUGGAGACGGAGGCCGACGGCUCCGACCCCAUGGAAUUGCUGCACGUGAAGCGUCAGGGCCAGAGCGAGAGCUUCACGCGCUACCGUCUACAGGAGACGCUCAUGCUAAUGGGUUGCAGACCUAAGGACGCCGUCAUUGUCACGAAGGAAGUCUUUGCUGUGUUUAAUAAACACUUGUCCAGGGAGAGCAACAGCAGUAGCGGCAGUCUAUACAGUAACAACAGCGACGAGGAUAAGGGAGAAGAGGAGCAGAAGCCCCCUAUUCCUCUACCUUGGCAUCUACUACACCAGUGCAUCUACUCGUCUCUAGCGAGACUGGAUUACGUCAAGCCACACCAUUUAUUGGACUUUGAAGUGGCCAAGGAGAUCACUCAGAGGAAUCAAAGCUUUGCCGUACUGCUAGGCGGGACUUCAGGCACUGGAAAGUCGACGUUGGCGUCAUUAUUGGCAGCCAGAUUGAGACUUACGACUGUGUUGCCUACGGACUCAGUGCGUCACGUCUUAAGAUCGUUCACAUCCAAAGAAGAGAACCCAUGCGCGUUCGUAUCCACGUACCAAGCUGGCGAUGCCUUAUCGCCUGAGAUGAUUACAGCUCUUCAAGGAGAUCGAGACGAUAUGUCGGCUGCCAGGUUACACAAGAAGAUGGUGCUAAAGGGGUACAAGAUGCAGUCCGACCUUGUUCUCGAGAAGCUCGACCGUGUUCUUACGAUGUUUGAAGAGCGCAAACAGUCGCUGGUUGUGGAAGGAGUGCAUCUGAACACAGACGACCUGAUGACGCUCGUUAAGAAGCAUCCGACGUGUGUCCCGUUCAUGAUUUACAUCAGUAACGAGAACAAACACCGCGAGCGGUUCGCUGUACGUGCGCGACACAUGACCAUCGAUCCGCAGGAAAACAAGUACAUUAAACACUUCGACAACAUCCGCAUCAUCCAGCGCCAUCUCUGCAAGCACGCAGAUCGCUGUCUUAUCCCCAAAAUCGACAACACCAACGUUGAUCGAAGUAUCGCUACGAUUCAGAGUACAUUGGUCCGUGUACUGCGAAAAUUGGAUCGUGGAGAGAAGCUCGUGGACGACAAGAUUGGCAAAUUCGUCAUGUUGUCUCGAGAACAUGAGAAUUCUAUUAAAAAGGCCUGGUCGAGCAAAGGGGUGCGGAAAGCCAUGCGCCCUCUUAUCAAGCAGAAGGUGUCCAAGCGACUGCUACUGCGUCGGCUGCUAGCUGAGCAAACGAUGGAUACAUUCGGAGUUCCUGAUCCUCACCAAGGUGAAGACUCGUCGAGCAGUGAAGAGGAGGACGACGAUACAGGACGUGAAGCUGACGACGAAAGGAAUGCUGAUGAGGACGAUGAAGACGAACAGACCACAGUUGUGGGUAGUCUACUGAGCGGUACGAACACGCGAGACCACUCGGCUACGGCAGAUCAGGUGUCACCUGUGAUCUCUCAGGGCCAGGCGACACCAACGCGUCAAAAGCGAAUGUUUCUGGACGAGAUUGAAGAGCAUUCGGCCGGCACGAGCGACAACGCCAAGCUGAUGCGCUCACUGUCUCAGGCUAUUCGUCAAGCGGCAGUCUGGCGCGCAAGUCAACCUCUGACUAACUACACAGACUGGGAAUCGCACCUGCCUCCGCCCAGUCCAGAGGUUACAUUCUCGGAUGUGGUGGAGAACAUCCCGGGGUUUGCAGCUGCAAUGGAGAAGGGGAAACGGUCGGCAUGGACCUUUGAAGAGCGACGCAAGUCUUGGAUGGCUGGAGAUCUGCCUGCUGACGCGCCGAGAACUUUCGCUGCUCAGAUGACCACCAGAACGCCACCGCCGAGUGCUUCUCGACAGUUUAAGGCGUUCCUAGAGAGUCAGCGUGUUGAAGGAGAGGCUCAAUUGCAAAUGCAGCGAACGCACCAACAGCUUCAACAGCAACAAGUGCUCCCAGUGACCCACCAGCUACCGCCUAUUGGUAGACGAGCGAAGGGGAUUGCUCGAAGGGUGCAGUCUUUACCUCCAGAGCCGCUUCAGGACAGCACGAGCAGCUUGGAUUUCGACUUUGACAGCGUGUCGAUGGCCGAUGCCAAUGAAGAUGUCGAUCAUGUAUCCCAGACGUCCUCUCCGCGUGACGGAUGUGUUUCGCCGUUGGAACACAGUUACGACGAUACCGACAGCCACUUCGAGGUCAGCUCACAGAGCUCUGUGGAGUGAAUGAUGAUUUAUUGAUACAACCAGUUCUCUAACCUGCUAAAAUGAGAUUAUUCCAAAACUUGUUGCUAAAAA